CUCGCCGCCAAGAAGUUGGUAGGGGUAGUAGCACAUUCUCACAAGAAACACCCCUGCCAUCAGUGUCGUAUUACGAAAGCCGAAAUAAACACUCCAAAGGCCUACGACUGGAGAAAUCUGGAAUCUUUCGAACCGUCCACCCUUCUAAAGCGCGCUUUCGAGUAUGAACGAGCCACCCCCGAAAGGAAAGCAGCUAUUGAAGAGGAAUACGGUGUGCGGUUCAGCCCUCUGUUGAGGUUGCAAGGUAUGGAGCAUGCGGGCUCCAGUCCGGUCGACCCCCUCCAUAAUUCCUUUCUCGGCAUAGCAAAGGCCUUCGUGAAUAUGUUAUUCAAGCACGACAUCUUUUCUGAAGAGGAGGACAGACAGGUAUUCAUGGCCGUUUUCGAGAAAGCUUGCUACCCCGGCCAUCUCGGAAGACUCCCUUCCCGAAUCACCAAGCAGUUCGCAUCCGACAGGAGGCUCGCCGGGAGUGGAUUGAAGGCCGACCAGUGGAAGCGUAUCAUCCAAGUACUGCCUAUCGCGCUAUUCGUGGCACUUCGGGACCCCGAAAACGACCAGAUCGACGAUGUAGAUCAAGAACCUAUCGACUUUCAGGCCCGGGAACCGACUCCGCUACCAAACGGCAGGGCACGCAAGAGGAAAAGGCAGUCCGACGUCCGACGCAACAGCCGCGAAUGGUAUCGGGUCGCGAUCAUGAUCUGCAGCGCCCUCAGCACCCUGCAUUCGCAUACUAUAAGCAUCCGGGAAGCGAUGAGCGCUGUAGACGAUCUGGCUGGGGCCUCGACAGCCAUCCUCGCGAUGGGGGAGACCCUUACCAUCAACUGGCACAUCGCUAUGCACUAUGUCGAUGCGGUCAGACGCUUCGGACCACUAUCAGGAUUCGCCACAUGGGCUUUCGAACGUAAUAACGGCGCCCUAAGCCGUGUUAAACAUAACGGUCAGGAACGGGAUGUACCAUCGACCCUGUUGCGUUCGUGG